CACCUCACACAUCAUCAUUGUUGAAUUUCAUUUUCAUUUUCCGUUUUCCGAACUGAUAGCGAAUGGCAUUGAUGUUGGAUUGAGUGGAGCGGAUCUGGGUGGAUGACGAAUUCAGUAUGUAUUACGGGGACUCUGCUUACGGUGCAUAUAGGAGGAGUCGGCGCAAGUUUUCCCUAAUAACAUAUCUGUUGCUGGGACUAUGGCUGAUACUGGCUCUGGUACAAUGGCUGUUGAUCACCAUGGUCUCGGAUAUGAAUGAGACCUUCCGGGUUUACUAUUAUAUUAGCAUUGUCGCCUUCCUGCUGGCCAUUUUGCUCUUUGCUAUAUAUCUGUUCGUUGAGAAGGCCCGCUGGAAGACGGCACCCGCUGUCAUAAUAAGCAUUCUCAUUGUGGAGCUGCAAAUCAUUGGCUCAUUCACGCUCGUCGCCCACACGCAGUGGAUGGACAUGCUCAUCUACUUCAGCAUCUGCCUCGUGCUCAUAGUCCUCUUUGUAAUAAUCGGCGUUUUCUUGCCCCAGAAGAUGGAUCUCACGCUUCAUGUCGCUCUGCUAUUUAUUGUGGCGUUCCUCUUUUUGUUGCUCGGAGUCUACUUCCUGUUGCUGCAUUUAAUAGAGCCUAUCAUAAGGCCAUAUGCCUAUCUCAUCUGGCAGAUAUCCAUUACAAUAACCUUGAUGUUUUUUGUUAUGUAUCACGCACAAACAAUUAACGGCAGCCGAUUCGCGGAGAUGCGACUGCAUGAUUAUUGUCUUGGCUCUCUGAUCCUAUUCCAUGAUUUUCUAAUUAUAUACUGGCUAACAUUGUAUUGGCAGGUCUAUGGGUGGGCAGAUCCCUUAUGUGAUAUGAGUACUGUUGUAUUGGGAAACAACACUAAUACCAAAUUCCUUGAUCUAAGAGGCGAAGACAUUACUGGUGAUUUUGUUUAUGUACCCCCUAGUAGGCAUCAGCAUCAAAAUCAAAAGAGAGUAAGGAGCGGAACAACUGAGAUACCAAUAACCCUCGACUUUAUGACGGAUGAUAUGAGUACAGUCAAAAACCCUUUUAAAGACAAGUUGCAUAAUUUGUUUGAUCCCGAACCCAAUGAAAAUCGUGCAGAUGAUUUUCGAGGAAAAAAUAGAGAUCAAUCAGAUCAACAAUACGUUCUUGAGCCCGAUGAAAGCACAGUGAAUCCAGAGGACAAAGAUGCUAAGGCUUACUCGAGGAAACCAGGUAAAACAUCCAGAG